CAUCAAGGCAGGCAUGAGUGGAGGCAGUUUGUUGUCUGCGAUAGACCAUCAUGAGACAGUACGCUCACACUCAGACUCACGCCAUGCACGUCGACCGUCCGUUGCCUCAGAACACGUAUCAGGAGUCUGUUAUUGACCCCGAAUCGUUCUUCGGCAAGCUCAGGGCGAUCUAUUCAAACAAGGUCAUCAAGACCCAGCUCGAGCAGCUCAGAAAGUCUGGGGCACUCCGAGCGUUUGACUUGAAAUGGCAACCUGUGUACGAAGUCAGACGGCUCCACGGGGCCAUGGCAUCGAUGGAUGGUCUCCCUCCGACGUUCGCUUGGGACUCCGAUAUCGGCAAAUGGAUAGAGUCCACCUGCUACUUCCUCAAUUCCCCUGACGGCGCCAAAAGCGUUCAUGCGAGAGAGCUCCGCUCUGAGAUGGACAAAGUAAUCGGCCUGAUCGAAAAAGCUCAGCAGCCUGAUGGCUACCUAAACAUCUACUUCACGGUGGUCGACCCAGCUGGCAAGUUCAAAAAUCUGCGAGACCUGCAUGAGCUUUACAAUUGCGGUCACUUACUGGAGGGAGCUAUUGCUCACUACGAAUACACUGGAUCUCGUCAGUUCCUGGACGUCAUGAUCAGAUACAUCGCACUUCUAAUCAAGACUUUUGGUCCUCACCCUGGCCAGCUACAUGGAUAUCCAGGUCAUCCCGAGCUGGAAUUCGCAGUGCUCCGAUUGUACGCAAUCACUCAUGAUCAUCGACACCUGGCUUUUGCCCAAUACCUCUUGAGUGAACGUGGAGUCAAAAGGGCCGACCAAGGUGACGAGUCUUACUUCGUCUGGGAAGCCAAGGAGAGGCGACAUGAUCCCAUCUAUCCUGGGCACUCGAAUGACCUGGACGACCUUGACUACUACUCUGCGCACCUUCCCUUACACGCUCAGAAUGACAUUCUGGGACACUCUGUCAGAACAUUCUACCUCCUGGCUGCCGCUGCAGACCUGGGCGGAGCAUUCAAAGACGACGCCAGGAGGUUAUGGGACGACUGUGUAGACUACAAGAUGUACGUCACGGGAGGAGUCGGAACAGAGCCAUCAAUCGAAGGCUUCUCCAAGAUCAAACACUGGCUGCCUCAGUCGACAGCUGAAGGAGGAUGCUAUGCCGAGACCUGCGCCGCUAUCGCAUGUAUGAUGACGUCUGAGCGGCUGCUCUCUCACCGAUUGGACGGCAAAGUUCGAGGCGUUCUCGAACGAUGUCUUUACAAUGCUGUCCUAGGAGGUGGAUCUCUGAACGGACAGCAGUUCUCAUACGCCAAUAAACACGCAACGUCGGGUGAUCAAACUGCCUUCCGGUCAGACUGGUUCCAAACCUGCUGCUGUCCGCCAAACCUGUCUAGGACUCUCGGCCUCUUGGGAGGGUACACGUGGACAGCCAAGAUUGACGCUUUGGAUAGGACCAUCGACCUGGCUAUUCAUCUGUUUGUGUCGGCAAAAAGGACCAUCAAGCUUCCCGAUGGUGGCUACGCCACGAUCAGGAUGCAAAGUGGCAUGCCUUGGGUAGGAUCAACCGACAUACAGAUCCAGGCGCCAGAAGGUUGGAGCUGGAAUCUCAGGGUACCCAAGCCUGAAUACGCAGCAAAGUAUAAAGUGUCUUCGUCAACAUCCCCCGCUGAAAGCGGCUACGUCAGCGUCGACGUCAGCCAUGUCUCUGCGUUCACUAUCAAUUUUGAUCUUCCUGUUCGACUGCUCGCUUCACAUCCGGCUUCUGGUCAGGACACCUUGACGGUCUCCCGAGGUCCCAUCAUCUACACUGCCGAAUCUGUCGAUAACGAGGCGAUCGACAAAGCUCAUAAGCAUUUCGAAGGAGUCGGGAUCAAGUCCAGUACUGAGUUCGCCGAGUCCAAGCUCGAUGUAGAAGGCAUACAUGUGAUUUCUCUCUCGACCAACUCUUCAAGCGUAUACACCCUGGACGAGAUGACCAACGCUCUGGCAUACCGUGUGGUUGAUGGAAAGAGCCCGACUCGGCAUUGGACGCGACUUGACCAAAAGCUGGUAUUUGUGCCUUGGUUUGCACGAGCCAACAGAGGAGGCUCAGGACAUCUCAGGACGUCGUUCCUGAGAGCAGACGAGGCAAAAUGACUUCAGCCAGCAUCAUCAGUUGUAGUCUGGGCAGACCAAUGCAUUCCGGUU